AUGUCUUACGUAGAUGAUAGUGGCACAUAUGAAGAGGAGAUCGAUGAUUUGCCUGAGGACAUUGACAGCGAAUUCGAGACAGUGGAAGACUACGACCCGUUGGAAACUUCGUUAAUGAUGGGGGCUCAAUUUCAAAAACUUGUAAACAUUUACGACAGUAAAUUCUACGUGGUGGACUCCGGAUAUGCACACAUUUCGGGUUCCAUGACACCAUAUCUUGGUGAAAGAUAUCAUCUUCCGGAGUGGUUGGGGUCUAACCAAUUGUCCGACAAUGCUCGUGAGUUGUUUAACAGACGACAUGCCACUGUCCGUAAUGUUAUUGAACGCAGCUUUGAUUUGCUAAAAGGGAAGUUUCCAGUGAUAAAGGGGUUGGUGCCAAACUACAAAGUUCACUCCCAAACCGACAUAGUAAUAGCAUGUUGUGUCCUACACAAUUUUAUUCGGAUGCAUGAACCGCUCGAAAACAUGCCACCUGAAUUCAGCAACCCAGAAUACGAACGACGACAUGAUCCAACUGAUCGAACUUUCCCUUUUAUGUCGAGUAAUAACUCCAACGUUGGCGCUGGUGAGCAUUGUGUGUUGCGUGACACGAUAGCCCAAGCAUUAUGGGCGAACCGAAGAUAA